AUGGAGGAUGGGAAAGGUGACAGAGGAGAGAGAGAGUCCGAAGACACAGACGAGCUUCUCUUUACCGAUUUGGAGGACGAGAGCGGUGUGUUUGGACAGUCCUCCUCCCCUCUGAAACUGGACCACUGCGACCUUCUCCUGGACGCUAUAGACGCGCAGCUGAGCCGACUGCAGGUACAGAACCACAAACAUGACAUCAGAAGUGCUGAGCUGAGCAGGAGCCAAUCAGAGAGCAGGGAUACGGGACUGGGAAGUACCAUAACAACUAACAACACCCCCGUCUCCUGUGUCGACCUGGUACCUUCCUGUAUCAAGGAUCAAUCCAUAGGUCUGGUCCCUCGAGUGCCCAGCUGCAGUAGUGGAACAGGGGCUGUGAGCGACGGACCGUCCAGUGUGGAACCUGAUGGAACCGGGGAGAGCAAGUACCAGGCUCCGAGAACCAGACUUCUAGCAGGAGUUCCUGUGUUGAGUUUCGACACCGUGACCAUCGACAGCGACCUCGACUCUGUACGCACAGAGAACAUACGACAACACAUCAGACCAAGAUGCAGGUCAGUCAUUCAGUCGAUGAGGAGUAUGGACGGGCUGUACUCUGAUAAAAGUGACAUUGACACGUCUCCUAACACACCAGGUCAUGCAGUGCUGACAGUCAGCCAUGGAAGGGAGGCCAGGAGGAGUCUGCUUUCCCGCAAACAUCAUCCCAGCAGGAGAAACACUCCCAGAAACACUCCCAGGUACGUGGGUGAUGAGGAUGAUGACGAGGAGGAAGACACGGAUGCCGGUGUUCGCUGGCGGAGGAGGAGACGAAGGGAUGACAAGUCGGACGAGCUAGCCAAGCUCCGACAGGACUGUGACGAGGAGGAGGAGAGACUGAGGUUGAAGAGAGCUCAGCUGUGUGCGAUGGAACAUUCCCUCUCUGACCUUCUACACAAACGGGAGCAUGCCUUGCAGGAGCUGGAGCAGCUGCGAUUGGAGGACAGCUUGGGGCGUUCAGGAGUGAGCGUGUCUCUGCUGGAGAGAGAGGAGAUGGAGAGGCAGCUGGACGGCGCCAAGACUGAGCUCUUUACAGAGCAGCGGAGGUCAAGGAUCAGACUGGACUCUUUACAAGAGCAGCUGGAGGAGGCUCGUGAGGAGCUCCAGCGUGUGACAGACGAAGAGAGACUUCUGAGGAGCCGCUGUGUCAGGCUGGAGGAGGAGAGACACAGUCUGGAGGCUGUGGAGCUGCAGGUCAGCGGGCUGAGGAGGGAGCUGGGGGAGAGGGAGUCCAGGGUGGGGGCUCUGGAGAAGAUCCUAGCCCAGAAGGAGCUGCGGCUGCUGGGUCUCCAGGAGGAGAGGAGCGCCCUGGAGGAGGAGAGGGAGGGCCUGCGCGGGGAGAUCCAGAGCCGGGAGGACCAGCACCUCGCCGCCCUGAGAGAGGCCCAGGAGCAGGCACUCCUCCAGGGGCGGCGAGAACUGCAGCAGCAGAAAGAAGAGCUGGCUGUCGUCCACAAGGAGGAAGUUCAGCAGGUUCAGAGGCAGGCCGAGGCAGAGACAGCUGCAGCUCUGCUGGAACAGGCUCGGUCUCACACACAGCACCUUGAGGCCGUGCAGACACGCAUCCAGCACAAGGAGGAGGAGGGGAGAGAGCUGAGGAAGGCUCUGGAGGAGCAGAAGGAGGUGGUGAAGAGGCGCGAGGAGGAGCUCCAGGCUACAGUCCAAAAGACGGUGGAGGACGCCGUGGAGCAGCAGAGGAGGAGGGGGGAGGAGGAGAAGGAGCAGGCGGUGAAGGUGCAUGCUGGGAUGCUGGAGGACCAGCACAGGGAGGCUCUGGAGAGAGCCGGGGCAGAGACGGAGAGGGAGAGGAGACACGCUCUGGGUCUGCAGAACACGGUGCUGGAGCUGCAGCAGAGGCUGCAGGAGCUGGAGCGUGAGGCAUGUGGCCACCAGGGGGCGCUGGUGUCCGUGCAGGCCGCGCUGCACCGCACCCUGGGAGACGAGCACCAGGCUGAGCUGCAGAGACUGUGCACACGCAUGGAACAGGAGAGACGGGAGGAGGAGUCACGGCUGGAGCAGAGGGCCUGGAGGGCGGAGGAGGAGGCGGGCAGGCUGAGGAGCCAGCUGGCUGGCAGGGAGGCGGGGGCAGAGGAGAGGACAGCCAGGCUGGAGCAGCAGGCCAGGCGCUGGGGCCAGGAGCUGGGGGCCGAGUGUGGACACCUGCAGCUGCUGCUGGAGGACAGCGGGGCCCCUGGGAGCCCCGGCGAGCCCCCUCACUGUCCUACGGUGGCUCAGGCCGUCCAGACCUUGCGGGCGCUCAGGGUUCAGCUGCAGCAGGAGAUGUCCUUCCAGCGACGCAGUGCCCAGCACCUCAGCAGAGACAAGGAGCGAGAGUUGCGUUUGCAGAGAGAACAGCUGGAGAUGGAGAGAGAACAGGCGCUGGACUCGCUGAAGGAGAGACUCAUCCAGGAGCACAUCGAGGAGCUGAGCAGAGCGACCCGGGCCCAGCAGGGGGGGGGCGUGGCGUGGUCCCUGCACAAGCAGCUGCAGGAUAAAGACCAGGAGCUCAGGCAGGUCCAGAGGAACAUGGGUCAGUGGAAGGAGCAGACCAGCGCUCGUCUGGCCUGCAAGUUUGAGCAGGAGCUCACCUCCGAACUGGAGAGGUGCAAGGCACGGUUGUUGAAGGGGAGGAAGGCCCCCAAGGCCCGAGAGGAGAAACAGAGGACUCUGGACCAGCUGGGGCCCAGGUUCCCCCCCUCCUCUCCCCCCCUCCCCCCUGGGGCCUCCCCCCCAGACCUGGCCUCUCUCAAGCUUCUGCGGCACCUCCAGGGCCGGGUCCAGCAGCUCCGGGCUGAGAACCAGGCCCAGGCCUGCAGCCCCUCGCCCCCCAGCAGGGGCCCCCCCACCAGGGGCCCCCGGGACCUGGCAGGGUCCUACCUGGAGACGAUCGCGCCAUCGCAGCACGGCGUUGGGUUCUGGAGCCCCUCGUCGUCCACAGCGACCCAGAGCUGACUCCUCGACCAGGCACCACGUACGCAUGACAAGAAGUCAUUAAAGGACUUUCAAAGUGUCACUCGAUCGCUCUCCCGUAGCCUGAGCAGAUUUCGUAACUGCUUAACGACUGGCAGGUCACAGUGACACCGUGACAGUACCGCUCGUCAAGUCGUCCCUUUUCUCAGCCAAGCAGUUUGGUUUUACUGCAGGGCUCAAGGUUGGGGACAGGGCGUGGGUGAAUGAGUGAUCUGGUUGCUGCAUACCACAGAGAUGACACACAGUGGUCAGGAGGUUAGUGGCAGGGAGGGAAGCCCUCUGAACAGGCACGUUGUCUUUUGUAAGAUUCACUUCCAGAGUUUCUACAGUUCUGUUAUAAAUCCUAACUUCAUAUUGU